AUGAAGAGGAGAAAGAGAAAUCGAAGAAAUAUACCGACAAGAAGCGAAAAGCAAGUCCAAGAAAUCUUUAAGUCGAAAAUAAAGUACUAGUUACUCAAAAACAUCGAAACAAAUUUACGUCAAAGUUUCAUCCUGAUCCAAUAGUAAUCACCAAAAUAAACGGCACGCAGAUAUAGUGUUAAAAGACAAGAAUGACACACAACAUCGCAGAAACUCAUCGCAUGUUAAGUUAUACCAGGAAAUUCCUGAUGCUGAAGAAGAAAUCCAGAGUGAUCGCAAGCAUGACAGACAAACGGAAAUUCGCGAAGAAAACACCGAAGCAACUCAAACAGAAACCAACCAGAGUACUACAGAAGCGGAAAUUGUUCUACGUAGAUCAACGCGGAGAAAUAGAAAACAACCAGACUAUCUAAAAGUAAGUUAAUUAAGUUAGUCAGGUUUAAAAUGCAGACUGUUGACAUUUAUUUAGUUUUAAGAACACGGUAAUGGAACCCCGUAAUAGUAAUUCCAAGACACUAAGUCUUAGAACGGAACUACAAAGUAAGGAAGUAAAGAACUACAUAGAAUUAGAGACUAUUAGAAACUUUAAAGGUUGAUAUUAUUAUAACUAUAAUUAAGGAAGGGAUGUUGUAUCCUAAUGCUGAUUGGUCAGCUAUAAGUGAUUAACAUAUAAGAUUAAGUCACGAGACAUUAGAUUAGGAGACGCUAAGCCAGAGAGCAAGCAUACAUGUAUAAUAUAGCAGAGUAAAUAUAUGUUAUAAAAGUUGAAUAAAGGAGGAUAUAAAAAUAUGUUAUGCAAUUAAUGCAAGAAAAGACAACAUUACUCUGUGUCAGUUAAAUGCCUUGCAAGUUGCAGAAAAAUUAUCUUGUGUAACAUGCGCUUAGUUACUUUUGUUUCUCUAUAGGAAUUCGAGGCGUACAAAACCCAUACCGAGAAACUUUUAUUGAAAGAAAGAGAGUUAAAUUCCAAAUUGCGUCAAAUUAUUG